AUGAGCCGUUGGUCGUGGAAGCAGUGGGAGCUCCUCCUGCUCGUCAUAUACGCGGCCGGGUUCUAUGCCGUCGUCGUCUACCGAUCUCUGCAACUUUCCAAAGGUAAAAUCUCUCCCUCCUCCCUCUCUACCAAUCUCUCGACAGUGUAGGCUUUUUCAUCCUUUCACACUGCUACUUUCCAGCUUUACCCGAUUUUAGAGUUCACAUUCUUAUACAUGAUCUCCACUUACAUUUCCAGCUUAUUACGGAGAACUCCCCCGUCUACAACCUGGAUGGCUGUUGAACCGUCUCAACGUACAUUCUCUGAAAACUCGUCUCCAAUUUCAGAAAGUGGAGUAUUAGUUUCCGAAACUUGUCACGGGGAUUGAAAACGAAAGGAAUAACUGCUCUCAUCCUACUUUCCCGCUUAGAAUUGAGAUGCCAUCUUUCUGCGUAUGACGUUCUCUUUUAAAAUGAUUUUCUCAGAUCUGCGCGUCUAUAGCUAAAUGACGAUGUAGCUGUGUAGCUCUGGAUUCUGCAAGUCUUGUCGAUAUGUUUGCGAACAUUCCCCUAUUUCCUAGAGCUACUGACCCCAUUUGUAACACACUCAAUUUUCAGUUAAGUGAAAACCGUCAACAAAUUUGUUCCGUGUAUUGGCUGCUCUUAAAUAAAGUGAUAUCACAUUAAGUGGCAUCCAAAUUCAAUGGAAACUCACUAAGUGAAAGAAAAAGAGGUGACGAUUUCCUGUUGUGAUUGUUUCAUAUUUGUAUGUAUCUGAAGCCUUUUAUCGAUGCCCAUUACUUGGGCUAAUUUGAACCUCCUCUGGGGUCUUCUGAACGGGGAGGAAUCUACCCUAAUCUCCCCCCUAAAAAUGCCCCUAGAUAUAUCUGAACAACCCCCAAAGAUCUGUUUACUCAGGGAGAAUGAAUGCCAGUAAUUGGCAUAUGAAAUUAAGAAAUACCAACGUUUCCUUGUACCGAUCAUGUAGUCCUUUUUGUCAUUUGCAGUGUUUUGCUUUUUUCCUUCGAGAUUUUUCUGAUGUCAUGCGAUUCCAAUAUCUGAAAUAUACUGACUAGUUUGCUUUCUUUUUUUUCUGAAAAAUUUCUUCAGGAUACCUCUGAUUCACAAUGGAGAAAUUUUCGUGGAAACUUGUCAAUUCUUUCCCUAGUCUUAGGAAGUUUUACGCUCGUGGCUAUUACUUUGAGGUCUUAUUUUAACUUGAAAGCGAAAGGAAUGUCAAUUGUUUGGUUGUUACUUUCUUUUAGCUAUUUGUCAUAUCUACACGGAGCCUGGUACACAUCUUCAUCCCAAGAGUCUUCUUUAAUACCCAGUGCUCAGCACAAGUCUGCUUACAGCUCUUUUUACCUUGCAGUGUUAUUUUCAUUCUCGUGAUUGUUUAUGCGAACUACUUUCUAGUAAAGGUUCGUACUUCUUGUGGGUUUGUUCUGUUGGCUAUUUUGCAUAGUGCAUGUGGCUCAUGAUAAGAAAUGUUGAUUAGUGUACUUUAUGUAUUUUCUAAAAAAAAAUUGUGCUAGAACAGGGCAUUAUUUUUCUUUCUACGAUUGGAAGAUUGGGGAAAUGCAUUAAGAAAUGUAAACCUAAUGGUAAGAUCGCAUCAUUCUGUUUCCCAUUCACAGGAAAAUAGAGUCCUCAGCAGAAAGGAUAGUGGAGACACCACAGAAACACGUUUUUCUCUUGAACUUGUCGCAUUGAAUAGAAGUAUUUUAUGCCCAAUGAAAUAUCCCAUCUUUCUUAGAGAUGUUCUGGUUUUUUUCUUUAUUUCAGUCUGGAUUUCUCUUUCUGUUAGGCUUCUCAAUGAGAAAUGGCCACAGAUCCUCUAAGACAUUUGUCAUAUAUCUUAGUUUAGUCAUAGUCCAUGAUACUCACCAAAUCGUGCCUACAGGAACUUUCACGAUCAAAGUACUUCUCAUGCAUACUUUGGAGCUUCAAUAUAGCUGUUUUGGUAUUGAAUCGUAUAUAUGAAGGUUAUGCAUUCUCAUCAAUUGGGUUAGUUAUAAAAGUUGCUUAAUUAAUUUCUUUUCAUUUUCCAAUAUAUUUUUUUUUGACACCUACAGUUUGUUGUCAACAGGAAAAAUUUGGCAUUCCUGGAUAGCUAUAGGGGUACUUUUAGAUGGCAAAUUUGCUUUAAUCUUGGUAUGCUCCCUUUUUUCAUCAGUGGGCUGAGUUUUCAUUUGUUUUGCUUGUUUUCUUGCACGAUGGUUUGGUAUGCAUAUAAAAAGUCUACUUCUAUUUUUAUUUUAAAACUCCCACUGGGGUAAGCUGGUGGCGUCAUUUGUUGUUUUGGAUUGAGUCGUGGAUCAGUUGGACACUAUCUGACUUAUGUCAGAAAAUUUGGCCGAGGGAAAUUAGGGGAACAUGGUGUAACAUUCUAAACGCAUAUUAAAAUUUUAAUUAAAUUAAUUUUAAUAAGAUGAUUUUAUGUAAAGGCCUUUCCUUACCGAACCUUAUGGUGUCAGAAAGAAGAAAAGGCACGAGCAGUCACGGUAUGUGAUGAUGGAAGCUCUUUUUUUUCCUUUGUUCUUAUUUUUCUUUUUUCCCCUUUCCUCUUACUCUUCCUUUGGCUGUUUCAGCUGGCAACCUUCUCUGCCUGAACAAAAAGCUCAAUGGCCCACUUUCUAUUUUGCACUAAAAAUGGAAUUCGGCUUUUCUGUUUGAACCGGUACUGCUAUGCCUGACUCCCUCAUUCCAUGCUGAAUAGGCUGAAUUUAGAGGUCUGACAGAAAUUAAACAAGCUAAGACAGAAUCUUCAAGUAUUUGAUCUAUGAGGUAAAUGACAUGGGUAUUUGGGAAUUAGUCUUCUCCUACACCAUCAGGAUGAACUAUUGAAGUGAUUUUGCUACUUCGAAAUGUACUCAGUUAUUUCGUUAAAGGGGAAAGCAUUCUUACCUAUUUAGUAAACUUUAGGAAAUAAAGAUAGUUAUAAAUGUGAUGACUAUUCUUUAGAGAUAUGGAUGAAAGACUAACGUGACUACAUUUGCGGAAAUCAAACGCUUUUUCUCUUGAAUAGUUGGGUAGGUUGGUGUACAUCAGAAGAUCUAUCUAGGGUAAAACGAAAGUUUUUGCCUUCAUUAUGCCUAAGCUUUUUCAUGAACGAGAUUCCUUUAUUAAAUAAAACGGGGCCAUCCAUUUGGCUUGCGUUGUCUAAGAAUACCCAAAACCUAGACUUAAUAUCUAUUCUUGCAACAUGGUAUAGACAAUGUUUGACCUGCUUUUUUUUCGGGGCAAGUAGGAUCACUUUUUGGAAUACCCGAAGAGAUAAUUCAGCCACUACUCCGUUUGCCAUUUCUAUGCUCGUUGAGCUGUUUUUUUGGUAAACUCUUUGAUGUGUUUCAUCGUACCUCUGAUAUUAAUGGAUUCGAAAUGAAGAUUUCCUCAGUAUAAUUCAACAUUGCAUUUGAGAUCUAAUUGUUUCAAUAAAAAAAGUAUUUUUUUAUGGAAAAUAAAAAAGUACAAAGAUGCAUCUGGGGCAUAUUUUAGAUCAUUCCCAGGAGGAAAUAAUGGAAUCCUCACGUGCAUUGUUUAGUUUUCGUCGAGAAUUUCAUGUCUGAGACCAAAAUUCUGUCCUUAACGAAUUCGAUUUAUCUUUUUCAUGCAUAGAAAUCGAAACUUUGGUUCAAUUAUGACUGGUUUCUUUUGGAUGACAGUCAUCUUGCGCAUGAUAAGCUUUGGAUAUGACUAUCACUGGGCAUGUAUAAAUUCUCGUUUUGAUCGAAAGGUAUCAAUUCCCGUAAACCAUUUGUGGAUGUCUUCUCAGACAUUGUUAUUUGGACCUAUCUUUUGAAAAUGCUGCAUUCCUUGCUUGCAUAAGUAUUUUUAUACAGUAUAUCCUUAAUUCAUUUUUUUAUUAGAUAUGACGCUGCAAGUCAAUAGCCAUAAUCAUGUUGUUAUAUUUUCUGUGUGCUCAUUUCAACCGCGUAGCUAUUAUUGGUUACAUCUUUAUGGAGCCUUAAUGUGCACAUUCAAUUUUUGUUGUUAUCAUACUGCAGCUGUAUCAGGCGAUUCAUGUUUUUUUCUCGGGUUGGUUGCUUGCAAUUGUGUGUAAUGAAGGUUUCUCUACAUCAUCUGACAUUUUCAAAUUGUAUCUUCCUGUCUAGGCUAGACUUCAUAAAUUUCUCAUUCGAUCAUUAUGGAUUUCUCAAAUUUUUCUUAAAGAUUUCUUCUCUUAUGAAAAUGGUUGCUUUCUCACCUGACCUUAGGCUCGUCCAGGUUUCUUUUUUAUGACAAUCUCAGGUAGAAUCAUGUAGUGUUAUCCUUCAUGAUGUGAAACCCGCAGAGUUCAGUGAAUGCAGUCGAGGGCAGUGCCAUUACAUUGUCUCCAUUGCAGCUUGAUGCUGGUGGCUUACACAUCGAUUUUCAAAAGUAACUGCUAAAACUGACCAUAUUUAAAUGCAAAGACAAACUUGAGUAGUACAAGUUGUCACAUAUUACACAAAUGUCACAAGGAAUACAGCUCUGUAGAAGGUAUAGGGAACAUGUUCGCAAGAAUCGUGAAUUGGAGGCCCAAUAUCAGAAGCUAACUCUUCCUUCAGCCCUUUCUCUUGUUGUGGCCCACAGUCAACUCUGUUAUAAUAUUUGAGGUGCGAGUCUUAUGCCGUUGGCUUAGUAUAUGUCAAAAAGAGCAUUGCAUGCUGCUGCACGCGUGGGUAAGAUGGUGGCACUGACUUUUUUCCAUAAGUGUGGGAUUAUUCUGGAAAAUCUGUUGAGGAGGGUUAGAAUCAAGAAUAGACUAAGCCAAUCCCCAAACUUUAAAGCACGAGAAAUUAGUGACGGUGAGUACACAAAUAUUUCAAAUAUUCUCAUUUCACUAUAGAAAAUUGUUUAUUCCCUUUAUUGAAAAAAUUAUCACCAUUUUUUCAUAAGAUUUACAUUAAUAAGGGUUCUUCCUUAGGCUCGGAUUUCGUUUAAUUAUUGAAAAAUCAGGCACACUAAUCUGCAAGUUGGAAAAUUUUCGUAGCUUCUUUCUACCAACCUUUAAACUAAUGGAGUCUAGAUGUCUCAAAAGUGAAGGACCGUUAACCUGCAGUUUCCUCAGUGAUGUUUUUCUCCCAGUGUCGAAAGUAUGCUGGCAUCAUUAGGUCUGGCUACGCAGUUGUGCCAAGUGCGUGCUCACGACAACUGUAAAUUUGCAACUUUGAAAGAAGUGGACUAGUUGUUUAGCAUCCUUUUGGGCGUAGAAGUAGGAAAUUUCCAGUUUCAUGUGAAGGACGCUUGAACUUGACUACCUAGUCCUGGGAACUUGGACCAGUUAAGUUAUGCGUUUUUUUGGGGAUUUGUUACCACAUACGUUUUGCAGCUACAGAAACAUGUGCAUCAGUGCUUUGGUUGCUCUUCUGAUAAAAUCUGCAACCUCUCCUUCAUAUGUCUUGCCUAUCCACUUCUGCACUUCACUAUAUUCGAAACGUAAUGUUAUUACGUCCAAAAACAUUGUCAUGAAUAAGACAAACUCAGUCAUUGCUUAUAUUAUUCUUAAACGAGUAACUGAAGUCAGUUAUGGCAGAAUAAGAUGAUUGAAAGGCCACCAGAAUGAUAGCUAACUGCGCUAUGACUUCCAAGCUAUAAAUUACCAUCAAGAUGAUAGCUCUUCUUUUAUUUCUCUUCCACUUCGCAUAAAUUUCACUUCUCUCUUUUGCACACCCUUUGUUGACCCUCUUGCCUGGUUUUCUAUAGUGGUCGUUCCCAAUUUCUUUGCUAGAAACUUCCAUUCAAAUGCUCCUCAUUGUGCUUUUUCCUGGUCUCCAAUCAGGGAAUCUAGCCUCGAUUUUUUUGCUAGAAUAGUCCCCAAAAACUUAUUUUUAUCUUCUUUCAACAACGUUCAUGCCUUAAAUCCAUGUUUGUGAGAGCUUUGAUUAUUUAAAAUCGAUUUUUAAAAAAAACUUAGUUAUACAUAUUGCUUCCAAAAUGGUAAGUUUGUCAACAGCGUUGUAUUGUGCAUGAUGACUUUGCUUUUCACAGGAGAAGUCCAUUAACAUCGAGGGGUAUUCGUUUACAACAUACUUAAGCUACUUGCUCUAUGCUCCACUUUACGUUGCAGGGCCAAUUAUAAGUUUUAAUGCAUUUGCAUCACAGGUCAGUCUCCUGUAUCUCAACUAUAUGUAUCUAAAAGUGGCUUGUUCCUCUUACGUAUUUUCACUUAUAAUUCAAGAACUUUAUGUCGCCCUUGCAUGACAUAACCAAUCUGCUCUGCAUGGAUGGACUACACUUUCAUGGUUAUCAUUUUGUCUUUGACUUUUUCUUUUAAACUUUUGGACACAAUCUUCAAGGUUCUUUAGCAUCAUCUUCGAGAGAAAUGAAAAUUUCAAAUUUUGAAAGGACAAUGUCUUGUUAUUUCAUUUCCUGAUCUGUGGAUAUUUUAUACUGUGCCAUGCACAAUUAUCAUCUGACUGAAAACAAGUCUUUGGGGUUUAAAAUCUUUUGAGGUUGUUGUAGAAAAUCUAGAGUAUUUAGUUGAUAGAGGAAAGGAGAUGUGUGGAUGUGUAUAUUCAUGUUGUAAAUAGUUGGUGAAAGUUGUAGCGGCUCACCUAUGUGUAUCAAGGGUAAAGUGGGGCUGCUUAUUGUUGUAAUUUCAAGUUUUACAUUUUUUUAACGUAAUUAAAAGCAUCCAGUAUCAUUUAGUUGAGAAACAGUAACGAUUUAUUAUUCCCCAUUAAUUUCCCGUGGUAAUAUAUUUCAUAGAAAUGGAUCUUGCGAAGUUUCAUUUUUUUAUACUGGAGGUUAUAGUCUGAUAUUUCAUCAACUUUGGCAAAACUUUUGCAGCUUGACUUACCUCAAAGAAGUCAUUCCAUUCAACAAGUGGCUUGGUAUGGAUUUAGGUGGAUCUUUUGUCUUUUCCUUGUGGAGUUCAUGACACACUUUUUCUAUUACAAUUCCUUUGCCACUAGGUGAGUCACGUCUACCUGAGCUAGAAAGCCAUUAAAACUUUUGUUUACCUGAUACCCUUGAUGUUUUUGUUCAGUGGUCUAUGGAGGAAGCUGUCUCCUCUGGAUAUCUUUAUAAUCGGAUAUGGGGUAUGGAUUUCUUGCGGUUCCAGAUUUUUUCUUAUUCCUGAUUGGCAAAAAAAAUUAUUUUGUUUCAACUUCUACUGUUCUUGCUUUUGCCUUUUAUGGAUCUAGAGUUUGAUCGUUGUUGCUAUUCUUCUGGUGGGAAACCAGUACCGUGUUUUAUUUUAAAAACUGUUCAAGAUCCCAGAGAGCUUCCCAAAGUUUAUCAAUUUGGUACCAUAUUGUAACUUGGAAAGUAAAUAACUAGCUUCUGAUCACUGAAUUAUCUAUGACCCAAAUCAAGUUCUAUGAUUCACAGAAGUCUAUAUGCAAAAUGCUUUUCUAGCCACUAGGAUGAUCCCAAAGACAGGAACCCUGAAAACCUAAUCUAGAAUGCAAGUCAUUUAGAGCCAGACUAUGUGCUGCAUCCUCAAUUCAAAAUAGCUGCAAGAUAGAGACAACACUUGUGGACCCGUGAGUGGUCUACCCACUUUGUGUGUCAUUUUACCACGUACCAGGAUGAGUCGUCUUUCUUGCAAAUAAUCCAACUAUUCAACUGAAAACUGUGAGAGUGAGCAAAGAAAUGUACCGUCUCCUAUUGAAUGUGUGAUUACUUAAGCGCAUCUAUUGAUGGAUAAAUUGGCCUUUGUAUGGGUUCUCUGCAUGAAAUAUAUAGAUGAGGCACUCAUACAAUGAUGAGACAUUGAUCAACGGUGGCUGCUGUAUGAUCGGUUAAUUAUUAACUUCUCCAUUUGAUGCUUAAUUAUUCUAAUACCUUAUGUCCAUCAACCAACACUAUAACCACAUUUUUGUGACGGUGGAAAGUGUAUCAAUCAUUGUUAGACUCUACAUUAAUAUAAAAUACAAAUAGGCUGUGCAGCCGCUGCAAAUGUGUAACGCUUAAUCUGAAACGCCUGGGAUAGUUGAUCCAAAACAGUUCGUACAUUUGAUCUGUAACUGUUGGUUUUCGUUGUAAUUCAUAAAUUUGAGCAUUAUUGUUCAUUUUAUCAUCACUUCCCACCUCUGCCAAAAAUAAGCAUUAAAUUACCUAUAAUUCCUUUUUGUUGCCAUUCACUGAUCUUUCAGGGAAUCUGAUGGGCUUUUAUAUCUCGUGCUUUUUUUUUCUUGACUCAGGUCCUAAAUUUCAUGUGGUUAAAAUUUCUUCUGAUUUGGCGCUAUUUUAGGAUGUGGUCGUUGGUAUGUGAUCUUGACUUUUCUUCAAACUCUUCUCAUUUUUUAUUGUGUAAAUGAUAUACCAAUGAUUAUCACUAUCAUGGGUUUUAACUGGGACAGAGAGAGAAUAAUAUAAAGGUAUAUGUAUCAAGAUCAAUGGUGGGCAAGGAUGAAGUUUUUGGGUUAUUCCUCCCUUUCUCCUUGCACAGAAUGUAGACAAAGCGAGAACAUCAAAAGUUCUCCAGCUCAACUACAUGGAUUAGUGGGAAAAAUAGUAGAACAUGCAAAAAAUUGUUCAUAUAUGCUUCUCCAAUGUAGAACCCGUGGCCUAUUUAAUCCUCACAAGUCAGCUCACAAAUUCUCCUAUGAGGUCAGAAGCAGUUCUUGGUUAUUAUUAUUUAUCCAAAGAUUUUUUUUCUUCCCACUAAAUAGCUCUUUGGACUGGAUGGUACCUCAUUAUAAGAUGGUUGAAGGCAUCAUAUGAAGACAGAGAAAUAAACGUGCCUAGCAACUGUCAUCCAUUCACUUCCAGAACAUGGGCAAAUAAGCUAUAAAUACUUUAACUUUUUUGCCUGAAACUCUCAAAAAAUGAAAUUUGAGUAAAUACCAAUCAGUUAGUAUCUCGAUGAAAUUCUGAUUCUUAGGCAUAACUUAUUAUAGACCAUUCUAUCGCAUGCAAAACAGGAAGUUAAGGGUGUCUUUGACGUUCAUGUUUUACUGAAACAUGUUUGGUUUUAGAUAGGAGGGAUUGAUGCACCUGAGAACAUGCCUAGAUGUAUCAACAAUUGUCAUGACCUGGAAAGCUUCUGGAAAAGUUGGCAUGCAUCCUUUAACAAAUGGCUUGUCAGGUUUGAGAUUUUUUAUUAACUGGUUUGGUGAUGCACGUAUAUUUCACUGUUAUACUGGUAUUCUAUAGUUAACUGGCGUCAUAAUCGUAGAUACCUUUACAUCCCACUUGGUGGCUCUCAAAGGAAGCUGCUCAAUGUUUGGGUUAUAUUCACAUUUGUUGCAGUAUGGCAUGAUUUGGAGUGGUAAAAUUUAUUUCCUGAAUGGCUACUUUGUGCAUCUUUAUUUAUUUUUUCUUCCUGUUGUUAGUUCCUUAAUCUACACUGUUUUUUGAUGAUUUAUCUUAUGACGCAGGAAACUUUUAUCUUGGGCAUGGUUGACUUGCUUAUUUAUGAUCCCUGAAAUAGUGGUAAAGUCAAUCAUCAAUUCAUAUCAGGUAUGAGCCUUUCCUGCAUAGUGUAUAUGCUUGUUGUGUGUGUAUGCUAAACUCAUUCUUCCUGGUAGUUUUUCUCUUCGCCAAUUUCAAAAAAUUAAAUUUCAGGUCAUUGGAGUAUCCUACAGUAAGUUGCCAUUGAAUGUAACAGAAUAUUAUAACUGCGCCAGGGAUCUCCGGUUAUAAACACGCAGUUUUCUAGGCUUCAUAAAAUGGAUAUGGGAUUUAUCGACCCUUUUGAUGACAAUAAAUUUCAAAUUAGAUUAAUCUUGAAUAAAUAUUUAGUUACCUUGUUAGGUCCUGGAACUACGAUAAACUCAUAGCAUCACUAUGAUCUUAAAAGAUUAUCAGCCAAUUAAUGUUGAAUGAAUCAUCAAAUUUUGUUAUCCCAUCAGUCUGGGGUCCACCCAGAUCAUGCAAAGUUUCCAUGAAUGUGGUAUUGUUUCUACAGCAACUACCUUUCUUUACGUGGUCUUUUUGUGAGUUUAUGAAACUUCUCGAUGAGCAAUGUAUCCUGUGUGAUCAAUUAGAUUCUUGUAAGGCUGAUUGGUUACUCGGUUUGCAUGUGUAACUUGGCAGGACCCUUAAAACUUCUUUGAUAUGUUCCAGUUGCAUGCUUAUGUGCUUGAAACUAAAGCAUAUUUAACGUGGGUGGAUCUGAAAAUCCUGGUACCGAGAUGUGCGAAUGCAAUGUCUGCACGUGUUUUUCUUAUACUAGCAUGAACACAACCGUAUGUAACAGCAGCUGACUAUACCCCUUAACAUAACAUAUUGCACCAGCACGAUCAGUGAGGGAAGUCUCUCUGAUUUGAUGUUAUCCACGUCAUCACAAAGUUUAUAUCUGUAAAAGGGCGUGGCAUGGUCGAAAAUUGUUUUCAAAUGAAAGUAAGCCGCUGGUUGGCUUGAGAUGUUUCUAACCUAACAACUGUAUAAUUCAACAUAAAUGUAUACCUUUGUGCAUGUGUUUUAUGGGAACUGUUGGUAAAAAAUGACUGCUUUUAUUUUGUCAGAAUGGGUUCCAAAUCUCGGAUUUCCAACUAAUUGGGGUUUUGUUGAUGGUAAUGUUGAUUAUGCUUUGUUAAUGUAUACUCUGGUUAGGAAGCAAAUCCAUUUAGGAGAUAUCUUCUUCGUGAACUUAAAGCAGUCGCUGGUGCCAUCACAAUCACUUGCCUCAUGGUAAGCUAUUACCUUUGGACGUCGGAUAAAACGUUUUUUUUUCGGAAUCUAUUUAUUUAAUACAUAAUAUAUUUUCGGUUGCUUUCUUCUCCCACUUUUGUCAUGGUCAUUUGAGGAUACUAUGAAUCGUGGCGUAAGUGUUAUAUCCAGUUUUCAUUUUGAGACAGGAAAAGACGGGUUACAGAGUUAUAUGGCCUGAACACGAUAACUCUAUGUGAUGAUUAUGGAUGAGAAAUUGUGAUCCAGAUGAAAUGCUAAUAAUUUAUUUCUCCGAUAUAACUCCCUAAAGACUAUUUUAUGUUCAAAUAAUUAGAUAAGAACUUGAGUUCUGGCCCACAUCAAGUGGUGCGGUGCUUCAUUAUCUGGUAACAGUCAAGAGGAUUUGACAUCCCUUCCUUGUUUGUGGUUCUGUCAAGGUGGGGUUGUGGGGGCUAUUGUUUAUAAAUGAUAGCAAACUCUUUAUUUCCAGUUAAGAUUAAGUCCUAUUAGCAAACUAGAACAUUCAUCUGAUUCUCUAUAAAUUCUUCUCAAUUCCAUAUGUUUUAGGUAUCUACUGUAUGCUACUUGAUCUAUGGAUGGCAGGGGAAGGGAAGGGAUUAUAGUUUGUUUUUCUUCUGCCUGUCUUAGAAAUGAGCUACAUUAUGAUCUGUCUCCUGAGUGAUAGUUGGGUAGAAAAGUUUCUAUAGUGCAUCCAUAAGGUAUAAUCCUAUUAACAUAGUGGAGAAUUAGGAAAUUCUGACCUGAGAAGUCCAACUUCGUACAUAAAACUAGUAACCAGGUCUGUUUUCUGGCUGGGAGACCUCGAUGAAUGUAUCUUGUGCCUUUUUCUGAUCCUGUUCACCUAUUCAUUGCUGUGAUUUUGCAAAGCUGCACCUGUACGAGAAUUCACUAAACGGGCUUUUUUGAAGAUUUUUGUGAACUCCUCAGCAAAUCACAUGCGGCGGUUGUUUUUUAUGAUUUGCAUGACCAUAUCUCUGAGGGAUUUCACCAGCUGUCCUCCUGACCAUCGUCACAUCAAUGACUUCCCAUUUGAUUCGCUAAAACAGCUGGCAUAUAUUGGUUAUUUAACACAGAUAUUAUAUUAUCAGGUUCAUAAUUCGUCUCUAGUAUUGUUUUAUGGCUGCCUUUUCUCCUGAUGUCAUCAGACGUAUUCAAUAGGUGACAAAUCUUGCUGGGUAUGUCAUUGGACCUGAAAACAUAAACUGGUUGAUUUCACGAUUGCUCAUGAAAGAUGGUAUGCCCAGUCUCUUUCUGUUUGAAUCAUAAACUCUUUUUCUUCCCUCGGCAAUCUCAUUAUAUGCCAAUUUUAUGCAGGAUUAGCUGUCGUAGUUGGCAUAUUCACAUCAUUUUACGUGGGAACGAAGGUAUUUUUAGCUAUAGCUUUGGUUUAAUACAGUUUUAUCGCUUACGAUUUACACACUUGUAUGAUGGUCAUUUUGCAGUUAAUGCUUCAUAUUCAGGAUGCAAAGAAGAACCAGUGGAGAGUUUAG